UUAGUUUAGCCUAGCCUAGCUAGGGGCUAACAAAGAAGAUGCGUCGGCUGCCAACUGCCUGCAAAGCAAAGAUCAAGUGUGAGCAUCAAGUGCUGCGCUAAUCGUGUGAAAAUGUCUGCACGCGCGACAGGAAAGCCUGGAGAGAUCAAUGAAAGCCAUCUCGGUCCCGAGCGGCAGGCGCCAGAGCAACUUGACUUUCAAGACGUGGAGCAGCUGCAGCUUCCCCACAUCAAGGAGGAGGAGGAAGAGCAGGACGAUGAUAUUAUCGAGUUGCUAUUGACGGGAGUCCCAUUCAAAAGUGAGGACGAACAUCAAUUUGAGGAGAACGAAGGGGCGGAGCCUCUAAGCACCAGGAAGUCAAGUCAACGCAUGACGAGAGAAGGCGAUGGCGACCACUGUGAAGAACUGCAAGCCGACAGCCUGUUAGCUCCAAUGUCAGAUAGCGACGACUCUCCUAACACUGAUGACGAUGAGCAAGACAUGACAUGUCAUGCCGACAACAAACGCUGGAAAUGUUCUCAGUGUGGCAAAUCAUUUGCGUACAAGUCCCUUUUGAAAACCCACAUGAUAUCCCACACCGGAGAGAAACCUUUUGUCUGCUCAGAUUGCGGUAAAAGAUUCUCUCAUAAAGGACACUUGAGAACUCAUGCUAAAACACACUCUGGUGAGAAACCUUUUGCUUGUUCAGUUUGCGGUCAAACGUUUUCUCAGAACGGAAACCUAAGGACGCACAUAAGAAAACACACGGGAGAGAAGCCUUUUGGCUGCUCACUUUGCGGCCAAAGCUUCUCGACACAGGUGAGCUUAAAAACGCACACAAGAACACACACUGGUGAGAAACCGUUUGCUUGCUUACUCUGCGAUCAAAGAUUCUCUGAACGGGCCAACUUGAGAUCGCACACGAGGACGCACACGGGAGAGAAACCUUUUGCCUGCGCAGUAUGCGGUCAGGGAUUCUCUCAGAAGGGAAGUCUGACCAUACACACGAGAAUCCAUACUGGCGAGAAACCUUUUGCCUGCUCGAUUUGCGAUCAAAGAUUCUCCGAAAAGGGAACCUUGAUCAAACACACGAGAACACAUAGCGGAGAGAAACCUUUUGCGUGCUCACUUUGUGGUCAGCGUUUCUCUCAGAAGGGAAACUUAAAAGUCCACGCGAGAACCCACACUGGUGAAAGAUUUUCCAAGAAUAAACGGAAAGGGUGUGCCGACGAGUGAACAAUGGAGCCUGCGAUGAAAAUAAAGAAUGGCAGCAACAUGA